AUGCUCUCCGUCGACGACGUUGCCCAUUAUCUCCACCAGCUCCCUGGUUCUUCAAUUUUCCUCCGCUACGUGCGCUCAUCCUAUCAAAAUGAUCCUUGGCGCUCUCUUCUCGAACUUCUACUCUUCCUAUUCGCUUUACGCGUCUGGCUAUCGAAGCGGACCAGAGGUGAUUCUGAGAAAGGCUUUAUAAGGCUAUCUGAGGGUGAAAUUGACGAGCUUAUCGACGAUUGGCAGCCAGAGCCUCUGGUACCUACAAAUCAACCACACAAGCCACCUCCAACCAUUCUAGGUCCUCCUUCUAUAAAACCUCGCGUUUUACUCCCUCAACAACCCAUCGAACGCGCUAAACAAGUCACUAACCUCGUUUCAUACAACUUUCUCGGUUUGCUAGGUGACCAACGUAUUAAAGACGCUGCCACUAAUGCUCUCCGUGUCUAUGGCGUUGGUAGUUGCGGUCCUCCCGGUUUCUAUGGCAACAUGGAUGCACACAUCGCCCUCGAGAAGAGUAUAGCUCAGACUCUUGGCGCUGAAUCUGCUAUUAUCUACAGUCAGGGUUUCGCCACCAUUGUCUCCGUUAUUCCCACUUUCGCCAAGCGCGGUGAUAUCAUCGUCGCUGAUGAGGGCUGCUCUUUCGCCAUCAGGAAGGGUCUCCAGAUCAGCAGGAGCACCGUGCGCUGGUACAAGCACAACGACAUGAAUAGCCUUGAAGCUGUCCUCGAUGGUGUCAAUAGAGAAGCCAAGCGCAGGAAGUCCCCUCUUACCAGACGUUUCAUCUGCUCAGAGGGUAUCUUCCAAAACGAUGGCACGCUCGCUAACCUUAAGAGGAUGUGUGAGCUGAAACGCAAGUACAAAUACAGGUUGAUCCUCGACGAGAGUUAUAGCUUUGGUGUGGUGGGUAGUACAGGACGCGGUUUGACUGAGUUGUUUGAUGUGCCGGCGAGAGAUGUUGACAUACUCGUUGGCUCGAUGGCCAAUACUCUCGGCGGAGCAGGUGGAUUCUGUGCUGGCGAGUCUGUAGUAGUUGAGCACCAGCGAAUAAACUCUGCCGCCUUCAUUUUUUCUGCAUCCCUCCCGCCAAUCAUGGCCGUCAGCGCCAAUAAGACUCUAUCUAUCCUUAACUCCUCCAGUGGUCCCUCUCUCGUGCAAGCACUGCAAAGCAAUAUUGCUACUUUUCGAAGUGCGCUGACUGGGCUCGAUAGCUUACAGUGCGCAUCCCACCCCCUCGCACCUAUCCAACAUGUUUUUUUUACCCCCAGUAAAGAAUACCAGGUGAUGAAUAUGUCGAGUGCAGUAGAGAACACAGAUGAAGAAAAAAUAGAGUCAAUAUGGGAGGAUAUAGCUGAAGACGCACUUUCUAAUGGUGUAUUCGUCACCGUCGCUCGCCAUCUCAGAGGCCAGGAGGGAGAUAUUGGCGCUCUAUCAGCUGGUCCUAACAUGCGCGUCCCCCCAGGCGGCGCUACUCCCCCUUCCGAACCACGUCCUAGUAUUAAAGUGGCUAUCUCCGCCGCUCUCUCCAAAAAGGAGACCGAGAAAGCUGCACUCACUCUCAAAAACUCUGUCAAUAGGGUACUUAAAAGGCGUUCGUGA